AUGGCCGAUUCCGAUGCACAUUUCCUCGAGGCUCAGCAGACAGAUACUCAUGCUGAGCCAGAUACCACCACAGUAGCAGAAGAAGAAGAAUCAGCAGUAGCAGACUCGGAGCUACGGGAGGAUACGGUCGAGGACGGAGCUACUCAGCCGGAGCCGGAGGACGAGGAAGAACAAGAUGAUGACGCUACAGAGACAGAUGUCCGGGAUGCCGAUGCUGGCGAAGGAGAGGACAAUGCCAAGGAAAGAGGUUCAGAUCAGGCUCCUGCAGUCGUAAUAGAGCAAUCGAGGGCGCGGUCCGACUCGCGGUCCACAACGGCAACACAGUCAGGCCAACCGCGGUCUACUCCCCUCAGCUCAGCCGUGUUCGUUAUCACGGCCUUGGACGCUAUUGCAUCCUCAAAGGAAGCUCGGAAGAGCAAGGAGCUGGAUGAGGCCGUCAAGCAGGCCCAGACCAACAUCAAGCAGUCCGAACAGCAGCCCAUCGACCCCGAAUCGAUCUUCUUGCCCUUGCAGCUGGCUAGCAAGACCGACAGCAUUCCGCUACAGGUCACCGCCUUGGACUGUAUCGGCAAGUUGAUCACCUACUCUUACUUUGCCUUCCCCUCUGUUCCGGAUGGAAACGAGUCCGCAGACCAACCUCCGCUAAUUGAGCGCGCAAUCGAGACGAUAUGUGACUGCUUCGAGAACGAGCAUACUGCCAUAGAGAUUCAGCAACAAAUCAUUAAGUCACUGCUGGCGGCUGUGCUCAAUGAUAAGAUUGUCGUGCACGGAGCUGGCUUGCUGAAGGCCGUUCGACAAAUAUAUAACAUCUUCAUCUACUCCAAGUCUGCCCAGAACCAGCAGAUAGCACAGGGCUCGUUGACACAGAUGAUAGGCACUGUCUAUGACCGUGUGCGUACCAGGCUAGAUCUUAAGGAAGUUCGCAUCCAGGAGGCCGAGACCCGUGAAAACCGCAAUGGCUCCACAGGUGAUUUGCCCGCUAACCCUUCUGACGACAGCGCCGUCCACGAGGUCGAAGGGAGUUCUGAUAUCGGAUCUUCAACCGUGACAGACCAACCGGUCGCCAAAGAGCCAACGGAGAAACUGACACUGCAGAGCUUUGAAACCAACAAGGAUGAAACAAUGGUUAAUGACAGUGCGCCAACCAUGGUCACAAGGGCCAAAGUGGUAAGAAAAACAUCGAGGCCUGGUGAGGAUCUUGAUCCAGCUGCCGAUGAAGAAGAUGAAAUAUACAUCAAAGAUGCAUUCUUGGUUUUCAGGGCUUUAUGCAAAUUGAGCCAUAAAGUACUCACCCAUGAGCAGCAGCAGGAUCUUAAGGCUCAAAAUAUGAGAUCCAAACUACUCUCUCUACAUCUAAUGCAGCAUCUUUUAAAUAACCAUAUUGCUGUAUUCACAUCGCCCAUCGCAACUAUUAGGCAUGGUUCAAACACCGAUGAAAGCAUGACCCUGUUACAGGCCAUAAAGCCGCACCUUUGUCUCAGCCUGAGCAGGAAUGGUGCUAGCUCUGUCCCCCGUGUCUUUGACGUCUGCUGUGAAAUAUUCUGGCUGAUGCUAAAGCACAUGAGGGUGAUGUUGAAGCUGCAGAAAGAACUGGAGGUUUUCUUCAAGGAAAUAUACCUAGCCAUUCUUGAGAAGCGUAAUUCUCCGAUAUUCCAGAAACAAAGCUUCAUGCAUAUUUUAGAACGACUCUCUGGCGACCCGAGGGCUUUGGUUGAGAUAUAUCUUAAUUAUGACUGUGACCGUACGGCACUGGAGAAUUUGUUUCAAGGAAUCAUUGAGCAACUUUCUCGCAUGUCAAGUAUGCCUGUUACUGUUACUGUAUCCCAGCAACAGCAAUAUGAGCAACAACACUCUAAAAACCCCUCUACUCCCAAUGACUGGCAUAACCGUGGCACCCUCCCUCCUUCUCUCACCAUUGCUAAGAUUGACCAACCCACUCCGCCUACUAAUAACCAAAAUUUCCCCCCGGAGUACGCCAUGAAACAAAAUGCCCUUGAAUGUCUUGUAGAGAUCCUUCGCUCGCUUGACAUAUGGUCUUCACAAAACAGCGAGACAAAACCUUUAGGCCGGGGCCUGAUGUCGCGUAGCUCAGUCGAUGUCUCUAGAGACUCUAUGGACACUAGCCAAGGUGCUACUAUUCCGUCACCCCGCGUCGAAAGCGCAGACCCCGAUACAGGCGCAUCUUCCCCAGUGCCCGAGGAUGACCCUAAUGAGAUUGAAAAGGUUAAGCAACGGAAAAUUGCAUUAACGAACGCGAUUCGGACGUUCAACUUCAAACCUAAGCGUGGAAUGAAGAUCCUGCUCUCUGAAGGAUUUAUCCCGUCCGAUUCGCCAACGGAUAUUGCUCACUUUAUCUUCAGAAAUGACCGACUAGAUAAGGCAACCCUUGGGGAGUAUCUUGGGGAGGGCGAUGCCGAAAACAUUGCCGUUAUGCACGCUUUUGUUGAUUGCAUGGAUUUCACUAAACGCCGGUUCCCAGAUGCUCUUCGGGAUUUUCUGCAAAGUUUUAGGUUACCUGGAGAAUCCCAAAAAAUUGAUCGGUUUAUGCUCAAGUUUGCUCAGCGAUAUGUGACCCAAAACCCCAACGCAUUCGCCUCCGCGGAUGCAGCUUAUGUUCUCGCUUAUUCGGUAAUCCUCCUGAAUACAGAUCUGCAUAGCACUAAAAUGAAAGGCCGCCGUAUGACCAAAGAUGAUUUUAUUAAGAACAACAAGGGGAUCAACGACAACGCUGAUUUGCCAGUUGAGUAUCUCAGUGGCAUCUAUGAUGAGAUUUUGAAUAAUGAGAUUGUUCUUCGAACUGAACGUGAGAAUGCUGCAAACUUGGGCCAUUUACCUGCUCCCCAGCCAGGGCUCGCGUCUAGGGCCGGUCAGGCAUUGGCGACUGUGGGCAGAGACAUCCAAGGAGAAAAGUACUCACAAGCGUCGGAGGAAAUAUCUAGCAAGACCGAGCAGUUAUAUAGAAGCCUAAUUCGAGCACAGCGGAAAUCAGCCAUGAAGGAAGCAUUAUCUCGCUUUAUCCCUGCCACGUCAGUACGACAUGUUGGGUCCAUGUUCAACGUGACUUGGAUGUCAUUCCUCUCCGGCCUUUCAGCACAAGUCCAAGAUACCCAAAAUCGAGAAACUAUUCGCUUGUGUAUGGAUGGAAUAAGAUUAGCUAUUCGUAUAUCGUGCAUGUUCGACCUCGAGACCCCAAGGGUUGCUUUUGUUACCGCCCUAGCCAAGUUCACAAAUUUGGGCAACUUGCGCGAAAUGGCCGCGAAGAAUGUGGAGGCCCUUAAAGUCCUGUUAGAUGUCGCCAUUACAGAAGGUGACCACCUGCAGAGCUCCUGGAGGGAGAUCUUAACAUGCAUCAGCCAACUCGAUCGUUUCCAGCUUCUUACAGACGGCGUGGAUGAAGGCUCGUUGCCUGAUGUAUCCCGAGCAACGCCACCCACUGACUCACGAUCUCAAAAGUCACUUCAAGUGCCAAAGAAGCCCCGCCCGCGCUCUGGUAAUGGGCUAGCAUCUUUCCGACGCGAUGUUGCUAUUGAGAGUCGUUCGGCUGAAAUGGUCAGGGGUGUGGAUAUGAUAUUUACAAAUACCGCUAAUCUCAAGCAGGAGGCCCUUGUUGAUUUCGUUCGUGCACUUAAUGCUGUAAGCUGGCAGGAGAUCCAAUCCUCUGGCCAGAGCGAAUCUCCUCGAACAUACAGUCUUCAAAAAUUAGUGGAGAUAAGCUACUACAACAUGACCCGAGUUCGAAUUGAAUGGAGCAAAAUCUGGGAAGUUCUCGGUGAACAUUUCAACCAUGUUGGAUGUAAUGCUAAUACGGCUGUUGUGUUUUUCGCCCUUGACUCUCUAAGGCAGCUGUCAAUGCGGUUUAUGGAGAUCGAGGAGCUCCCUGGCUUUAAAUUCCAAAAAGAUUUUUUGAAACCUUUUGAACAUGUCAUGGCCAAUAGCACUGCUGUAAACGUCAAAGACAUGGUUCUUCGAUGCCUGAUACAGAUGAUCCAGGCCCGUGGGGAUAACAUUCGCUCAGGCUGGAAAACAAUGUUCAGAGUGUUCUCGGUUGCAGCAUCAGAACCAUAUGAGGGAAUUGUAAACAUGGCGUUCGAGCAUGUGACGCAAAUUUACAAAACCCGUUUUGGCGUUGUUGUCUCUCAGGGGGCUUUCGCUGAUUUGGUGGUUUGCCUUACUGAAUUUUCAAAGAACCUUAAAUUUCAAAAGAAAUCCCUCCAGGCAAUCGAGACACUCAAGUCUACAAUUCCCAAAAUGCUAAAGACGCCAGAAUGUCCGCUCUCCCACCGCCGCACAAACUCUGGCUCCUCCCAGGGUGAGGUUAUUGUACAGGCGCCCAUCGGCCAAUCUCCCGAGGAACAGUUCUGGUAUCCGCUUUUAAUCGCAUUCCAAGACGUCCUUAUGACUGGUGAUGACCUUGAGGUUCGAUCGAGAGCUCUCACGUACCUUUUUGAAACGCUUAUCAGGUAUGGUGGAGAUUUUCCGCCGGCAUUCUGGGAUGUGUUAUGGCGCCAGCUACUCUAUCCUAUCUUUGUCGUCUUGCAAUCCAAGUCCGAAAUGUCGAAGGUUCCAAACCACGAGGAAUUGUCAGUUUGGUUAUCAACCACCAUGAUCCAAGCCCUACGAAACAUGAUCACCCUGUUCACGCAUUAUUUUGACUCCCUGGAAUAUAUGUUGGAUAGAUUCCUAGGGCUUCUAACGUUAUGCAUAUGCCAAGAGAAUGAUACCAUAGCCAGGAUUGGAAGCAAUUGCCUCCAACAACUAAUAUUGCAAAAUGUUAAUAAAUUUACCCCAGAGCACUGGGAGAAAAUAGUUGGGGCAUUCGUGGAGUUAUUUGAAAGGACCACUGCUUAUGAACUAUUUACUGCUGCGACAGCCGUCCCUGGUAUUCCAUCAGAACGCAGAAACAUUGAAGAAGCCACUUCUCAUGCUGAUCCCGGGUCCCCUUCGGCUAAACCAGAUAGGGGACAAGAAUCAGCACGGCCAAGUGAGGAUAGUGAGGAUUCCCAGCAAGGGCAGCUCCCAGCAGCCUCAUCCGAGCUUGAAGAUUACCGCCCUCAGCCUGAUUUACAGCAACCUCCCACCGUCGUCACUGCUGCACGGCGACGAUUUUUCAACCGUAUCAUCAUUAAUUGCGUCCUUCAGAUAUUAAUGAUUGAGACCGUGAAUGAGCUAUUUUCUAAUGACGCUGUUUAUUCUCAAAUCCCUAGUAAGGAGCUACUGCGGCUGAUGGCACUGCUAAAGAAAAGUUAUCAAUUUGCCAAGAAGUUCAAUGGGGCCAAGGACCUGAGGCUCAAGUUGUGGAAGCAAGGUUUCAUGAAGCAACCGCCAAAUCUUCUCAACCAAGAGAGUGGUAGUGCAGCUACGUACAUCAAUAUUCUCUUCCGUAUGUACCAUGACGACCGCGAGGAGCGAAAAAAGAGCCGUUCCGAAACCGAGGAUGCUCUAAUACCCUUGUGUGCGGACAUUAUACGGAGAUACGUUCAACUAGACGAAGAGUCGCAGCAAAGGAACAUUUCUGCUUGGCGCCCCGUUGUAGUUGAUGUUGUCGAAGGAUAUACCGGCUUCCCAUUAGAAUCCUUCGAGAAGCACAUUGAAACUUUCUAUCCAAUCACAGUUGACCUCCUUUCCCGCGACCUCAAUGUUGAAAUUCGACUGGCUAUCCAAGCUUUUCUACGCAGAGUUGGAGAGUGCCGACUUGGCAUGUCCCCUCAAACCCCUACAGAGCCACCCACAAGCCCGCGAGGAUCUAUUUCACAAGGCUACUUUAACGGUCGAAGACAAAGUGUGGGACGAUAA